AUAUAUAAGCUUCGGAUUUGACGCAUUUUGUACUCAUGCAAAAUUUUUCAUAAGAUAUCAUUCAAUUCACAGAUAACCGAAUAUUUGUUUGACAGUGAUAGGUGUACAUGUAAAAUCCCUUUGGGGCACUUUUAGAUCAUCAAUAUUUUCAAAACGAAAACCCAGGAGCAAAAAAUGGUGAACACUUUAGGAGUAUUUUUAGUUUUGUUAAACAUUUUGGGAGUUUUCACAUACUAUCCCGAUGGAUCAUCUGACGGUAAAUUCCUCUAUGGAAAGUUCCCGGAUGAUUUUAUCUGGAGCAGUGCUACAUCGUCCUAUCAAAUAGAGGGAGCUUGGGAUGUUGAUGGUAAAGGAGAAAGUAUUUGGGAUCGCUUUGUUCACACCAGUGGUAAAGUCUAUAACAAUGACACGGGAGAUGUGGCAUGCGAGAGCUACUACAACUACAAAACGGAUGUUCAGCUUCUGAAAGAAUUGGGGGUAUCCCAUUACAGAUUCUCAGUAUCGUGGCCUCGCGUACUGCCCAAUGGUACUAUAAAUGACAUCAAUGAAAAGGGCAUAACUUACUAUAACAACCUCAUUGAUGAGCUUCUUGCUAACGACAUCAAGCCAAUGUUGACGUUGUACCAUUGGGAUCUGCCACAAAAGCUUGAAGAUCACGGUGGUUGGCUUAAUGAAACGACAAAUGACCACUUCAACGAUUACGCUCGUCUCUGCUUCCAGCGAUUCGGGGAUAGGGUGUCUCUCUGGAUCACAUUUAACGAACCAUGGAUCAUAGUACGUCACGGUUACGGCUAUGGUAUUUUUGCACCAGGAUACAGCGAUGCACCGGGAACGAAAACAUACAUUGCUGGUCAUAACCUGCUAAAGGCUCACGCCAAAGCCUGGCAUACAUACGAUGAUGAAUUCAGAGCCACUCAAAAGGGAACUAUUGGUAUCACGUUGAACACUGGUUGGUCAGAGCCAAGGAACGCAAGUAUUCCUAGUGACGUGGAAGCCGCAGAGCGUGCCAUGCAGUUUGACUUCGGAUGGUUUGCGCACCCCAUCUAUUACGGCGACUACCCGGAUGUUAUGAAGUGGCAAGUUGGCAAUAAAAGCGAAGCACAGAACCUCACUGAAUCAAGGCUGCCAAAAUUUACCCCGGCAGAAAUUGAAAGCAUAAAAGGGACCUCUGAUUUCAUGGGCCUGAAUUUCUAUGGCGCUGGUCUGACGUUCAAUGACGACAACAAUCCAGUUGGUCCACCAGGCUAUGACAAUGACAAGGCGACAGCAGGAGCUAUUGACCCCGCUUGGCCCGUGUCGGGCUCUGAUUGGUUAAAGGUGACGCCCUUUGGAAUGCGCUCAGUGCUCAAUUGGAUCUACACUACGUAUCCAAAUCCUCCUAUCUACGUCACUGAAAACGGGGUGUCUGACAGACCUUCUUCAAAAGAAAAUGGAAUCUCUGACGAAGCCAGAACUUUCUACUACAGACAUUACAUUGACGAAAUGCUCAAAGCCAUUAAGCUUGAUGGAGUGAAUGUCGUGGGAUACACUGCGUGGAGUCUUAUGGACAAUUUUGAAUGGGCGUCCGGCUAUAGAGAGCGAUUUGGUCUGCAUUGGGUUGAUUAUGACUCGCCCAACAAAACGCGAACUGCGAAAGACUCUGCAAAGGCCUAUUCAAAAAUUAUUGCUGACAAUGGCUUCAUCGAUGAACCUGUGAGCACAACUCCAGUAUCCGGGGUUGCGUCUACAACUGUAUCUCUUUUUGGCAUCGGACUUACAAUUUUAUUCUUUACUUUACAACUCUUUCGAAUGACACGAUAAAGACUACGCUGUAUAGUGACUUGACUAUAGGGACAACGUUGAUAGAUCGAAAAACGCUCAGGAUGAUUCAUAGUUAUACGUAAAAUGAUCACGAUCAGCAAAGGAAGGGUGCAAGCCAAGAAAGGAUGCAAGCAGAUUCCUUUGCAAGGAUGCAAGCAAUGCAUGCUUCAGGGCUCAGGAUGCUUUAGGGCUCAGGAUGUAAAUUUUGAUUUAAAAAAACAUUAUUGAAAUUUCAGUUUACAGGGUUUACAAUUUGGAGAAGGAGGGGUCAAUUUAAAAUGGAAUUUAUUUGUCUUUAGAAGUUAGAACGCCAUCUGUAGAACGCCAUCGGCCUUUUGGCCUGGUCUAUAUUUACGAACAUUUUAUAUCGCAUCGCCUGAAUCUGAUACUAGUAAGUGGACAAGCGAUCUAGCACAUAGACCACUUGAGCUUUGCUUCUUGAUUUAUCGUGAAGUUUUACAAUGUGUAACCAUAAUUGACACCGCAAAACUAUUUAUGCUAUAUAUUUUGCUAUGUUAUUCACCGAGACAACGAAAAAAUCAAAGUGUUCGUGUAUAUCCGGAAUAAUAAAAAAAUAAAUCAACA